AUGGAGAUCCUGCAUAUGGCUCAGCUUGAGACGGUGACCCUCCAAGGACCGGCGGGUGCCCGCCAAGGCGGACGUCCCGUGUCGCCCGAAGGCCUCACGGACCGCCGGGACCUCGGAGUUCUCAAGUUUCGUGAGUCGCUUUACGCGAUUAAGAGGUACGAAGCGGACAAAGUCCGGAACACCCAAGCCACCCGCCGAUGUGGGCGAGUGAAUGUACGCGUUCGGGCACGAAGUGGGUAA